CUCAACGUUCCUCCUAGUCUGGUUUAUUUCAUCUCUUGUUUUCAAUAGGUGUACUUUAAUGAUACCAGUAUUCAGAUUCUACUUUAUUUUCUACAUACUUCCAAAGUAAGAUAUCUAAAAGUAAACCUAGAAGGGCUACUGCCAAGGAUCAAAUUGACAUGCUGGGAUAGUAUGAGUGAAUCUUAUAAUAUCAUUCUUUCGCAAGCUAGGUCUAUAAUUUCAUUUCCGUCUUUACGAAUAUUGAGAUUACGUUGGAGGAAUGAGCACUUACACUUUCGUCACAAAAGAAUAAUAGUAUGUUUAUGCAAUAAAUCGCACAAGUGAUGUACUUGCCACGAUUAAAAUAUAAAAAGGCUGGACGAACGGCCUGUUCGGUAUCUGAUUAUUGAGUCUACGAUUCCAAAUUAUCAAACAUGACCAAAUAUCAAAAGGGAAACAAAGUUGAAUACCAUCCUAUUGGUGGUGCUAGCGGAACUAGUACUUCUACUGGUACCAUCCUAAGUGUCAAGGAUGACGCUGGUGGUGAAGAAACCCGCUACGAAAUUCAGAAUGAUCACACACAAAAGACUGCUACGUACAAGGAACGUAACAUCUCUCGUGUCUUGGAUUAAUGCGUGUUCGCUUGUCACUAGCUUUUUUCUUCCUGUAUGACUAUUAAUGCAAUGAGUACGAUAAUGAUUUCUUUUUUCUUUUUUUUUUCUCCA